UAUCUCCUUUAUGGCUUCCAGGGAGCCGCAGCCACACAGCUGAAGCUCUCUGCUCAGGUAUGACUCUUGUGACGCCGCUGUAUAAAUCCUGUGGAUAAACCCCAGGUUCUCAUGGAUGGUUGUCCUGUCAGAACUGUGGAGGAUCUGGAAGGCUCUGCUCCGUCACUGCAGGAAACCAUGUGGCUGUAAAGCUCUGGUUUCACUGACCUUUCACAAGCUUUCAACAGCAAGUUUAAAUCUGAAGCGACUCCUCAGCUGAGCUGAACAAGCCUUAGGUUGUUCUUUCACACAAGGUCAGGAGGCUUUAUCUGGUUGUGAUGAAUCCUAAUCGAUUUGGGUUGGAGGAUGAAGAAGGUGAGGAUGACGCAGUGAUUCAGUACAUGAUUGAACAGAGUCUGCUGGAGAGCUGCAAGCAGAGGGACACCCUCAGAGAGUCCUCAACACGAGACACCCUGAGCACCGAUUUGGCCUCUUCAGACAUUUCCAAGAUCUUCUCUGCUAUAAAACAAGGCAACGAGAAGCUCCUUAAGGAUCUGUGUGUCUGGCUUAAAGACAAGUUUUUCCAGACCGACAGCAGAGGCUGGACUCCUCUCCAUGAAGCAGCAGCUCAGAGCAACCAGGCCAUCCUGGAGCUCACACACAAAGCUUCAGGCCCAGACUCUCUGGAGUGUCGAACUCCUCGGGGCCAGACGCCCCUCUUCCUGGCAGUAGAACGGGAUCUGAUAGAAAAUGCCUCGUUCCUCCUGGAACACGGAGCCCAGCCGGACUCCCAGGACCAAGACAAGGACUCCCCGCUGUUUGUAGCGAUCCGUUCAGACCGGACUGACCUGGUGAAGCUGCUGCUCCUCCGUGGCUCCAGUGUGAACCAGGCGGGCUGCCACGGACGGCGCCCGCUUCACGAGGCCUCACGGGCGGGCAACGUGGAGCUGGUGAAGCUGCUGCUGGAGGCCGGAGCACGGCCAGACCCCCGCAGCAACUACGGCUUCACACCGCUGGCCCUGGCUGCUCAGGGAGGACACCUGGAGGUGGUGGAGAUCCUCCUAAGGAAAGGAGCAGACAUCUUCUCUCAGGCACACGAUGAGGCCUCCGUGUUGUACGAAGCGUCAGCUUCAGGAAACGCGGCUGUCAUCAGCCUGCUGCUGGAAUACGGAGCCGACGCCAACGUCUCCAAUCACACCGGACACCUGCCGAUCCACCGGGCCUCACACAGAGGACAUCUUCAGUCCCUGAAGCUGCUGCUGCCCGUCACCAGUAUGGGAGAUGUAAAUGACAGCGGGAUCAGUCCUCUUCAUUCAGCGGCUGCAGAGGCACACACAGAUUGCAUCAAGGCCUUGCUGGAUGCGGGUUAUGACCCCAACUACAUGCUCCAUCCCUGGAUCCGCCGGAGCUACGAUGACGAGAGGAAGUCCGCUCUCUUCUUUGCCGUUUCCAAUAAUGACAUGGCAUCGGUGAGGCUACUGCUGGAGGCCGGAGCCAUGGCCAACCAAGACCCAGUUAAAUGUCUGCAGGUUGCACUCUGUCUGGGCAACUACGAUCUGAUCAACUUGUUGCUGCAAUACGGAGCCAACGUGAACUACUACAGCAGAAUAAACACCACACAUUUCCCCUCUGCGCUGCAGUACGCUCUCAAAGACGAGGUUGUUCUCAGGAUGCUGUGUACCUAUGGUUACAACGUGGAGCGCUGCUUUGAUUGUCCUUAUGGCAACAGCUCCCACAUCCCUGAGGACUAUGAGGGAUGGACCUGUGCUGUGAUCAAAGAUACCUUGUUCUGCGAGGUCAUCACCGUCUCCUGGCUGAAACACCUGUCGGGUUCUGUGGUUCGCGUGCUGCUGGAUUAUGUUGAUCAUGUGACGCUGUGCUCCAAACUGAAGGUGGUUCUGAUGGAGCAGAAGCAGUGGUCAGACAUUUGCAGACUACAAGAAAACGCCCGGUGCCUGCAGCAUCUCUGUCGCCUGCGGAUCCGUCGUUGUCUUGGCCGUCUCCGUCUCCGGUCGCCUGUCUUCAUGAGCUUCUUGCCGCUGCCAGAGAGACUGAAGGACUACAUCCUGUACAGAGAAUAUGACCUGCUGGACCGGCAGAGGAGCAGCCCAGGCUGAGCGAAGACAGGAAUCACAACCAGUUAAACUGUUUGUUCAGAGUUACAGUAGCUCCAUGAAACGUGAGUUAAAGACAGACAAAAGAUUUUUUAAAUUUUCAUUUCAUAUAUGAUUUUGAUCCUAUUGCACUGACCACCACAAAAUACUACAUAACUGCAAAGUGGCUGGAAAAGGAUGCAUGGACUACAAAUAAAAAUCUGAUAAGUGUGGUGUGCAUUUGCA